AUGUUCAUCAAAAUGCUAUUCUAAAUGAAACUUAUAUUGUUGAAUUAAUAUAUUCAAAUUGAUUCAGUAGUAUAAAGGUUAGAUGGUAGUAAAUAUAAAGGAAAUUUGUAUAAAUAGUCAAAGGAAGCUUGA